AUGGACACCCACUCGCUCGCUAUUCAGUCGUGGGCGUUCUAUGCACUGGCCAUCUCAAUCAUUUUCGCAAGACUGAUCUUUCGACGUAUCAUGCUCAAGUCUUUUGCAGACUUGCAGGCUGAUGAUUGGAUCAUGGUGUCCCUCCUUCUGCCAUUUACUGCUUUCAUCGUCCUCACCAACCUGGUCUCCAACUCAUCUACACAACAGCAGCGAACACAUCGAUACGUACUCGAGGAACUUCAGUUGGUCAUAACAUGCUUUGUCAAAGUGUGUCUUCUGAUAUUGUACUGGCGAAUCUUUCCAGUCGCGUUCAGCAUUCUUCGAAGACGCUAUGUGCAGAUCGUCUCAGCCAUUUGCGUUAUCUCUUUCCUGAUCAUCCAAAUUUCACUACUGUCCUGGUGCCAACCAGCACACAUGGAAGACAAUCCACAUUGUCUAACCUACCACAACCACACCAUUGUCUCACUGACACUCAGCACUCUGACCACUUUCCUUGUCCUUAUCCUCCCCACACCAUUCAUUCCAACACCGCGUCGCUUUCUCCUUGCCAUCCUCACAGCGACCGGCACCCUGACCCUCGUUUUCGGCAUCUUUGCACGAUGCUUGGUCCUCACGGCACCGGAUUCACGUACAUACCUCUUCUUCUACAUCACGGAGCCCACACUCCUCAUCAUAUUCGCCAACCUACCCUUCCUCGCAUCCCUCGUGGUAUCGACUGCACCAGCAAGGAUACGCGAGUUUGGGCGCAGUAUAUCCUUCUUGAGAGACGGCGGGGACACGCCGCUAUCCCCCUGGCCGAGGAGUCGGCGUGCGAGUGUGCCUAGUCUUCGGAUGCCGCCACUAGGUGCGAGUCUGCUGGAGAGCACAACGACAGUCAUGGGUGGGGAGCCAGAGCGGAAGGAGUGGACGAUUACCCCGCCGGUGACAAGACCGGGAAGUGUAAAGAGCGGGUUCGAGACGUGGAAAAGGUCGAGUAGUAAUGCAGGCUGGCCUUUGCCUGGAUAG